CGCUCACCGGACAACAUCGACAACGCCGCGGCCGGCGACCAUGGCUGGGGAAUCACGAACGACGACGGCUCGGCGACCCAUUAUCGUGACGGUGAUCGUCCUUAGGAUCGUCCUCCCGGUCCUGCUGUCGCUGGUGCCGCCCGUUACCUGCGCAAGUGACUUUGUGGCGAUUCGGAGCGUCGACGCGAACCGUACGCUGCUCUGCUGGGCCAUAAAGCUGUCGCCGGCGGCGUUCGUUGGCGAGGCCAAGUGCGUCCGCCAUCAGCGUAAGCACCAACUGGUGAUGAUCUACGGCGACGUCCACCCGGAUCGCCGUGCCACGCACGGCUUGCGGCGGAAGUUGUCAACCCUACGCCGAACGCCGUGCAGCCACCGGAUCCCCGGGCUCGCCCUGUAUACGGCCCAUUCCGCCAACGGCGACGGCAAUCGGUCCGCCCUCGGACUGACCGUGCGCAACUUCAUCGCUUCGUACAGUAUGCUGCGAAGUUCGUGGGAGCAGGAGCGCGCCGAGAGCGUUUGUCGCGAAUGCCGUGUGCUGGGCAUUCGCCGGCAGCUACCGUGCGACGCGGAACCGAACACCGUGGUGCUGUAUCCCGACUGUCUCCAACAGGUCGAGGGUCUCGGUCAGGGGCAGCGCUGGGAAAGGGAACACGCCAGGAACCUCGACACCUGGAUGUGGCACUUUCGACGGAGACUUCAGAGCACACUAUACGCGGAUCUCGAACGCAAGCGACGGCAGCGGAUGGAGAUGCUGAGGUUCAUUUCGAUGCGACACUGAAUCCACGUCGUACUGGGCGUAGAAUGUUGCAACUAUACGGCAAAGUGCAAUAAAUACCACUGCCCGAUGAUGGUCGUUUGGCUGGCGCAGGUGGUCCCGUUGCUUGAAUGAUCGCAAUAAAGUCCAACUACCAGGCUGUUCAAUAAGUUUUGAGCUUCAAUAA